AUGAAAAUGCAGCAGUCAAAGCAGCAAGAAGGAUAUUAUGCUGUAUAUAUCCCGUCACCAGACGGGUUAUCUGGUGAAGGUGCCGUAUUCACAACCUUGAGGGAAGCAUCCAGUUUUGCGAAUACGCCGGAAAGUAAAACAAAGGGUGCUCGUUUCAAGCGCUUUAAAGAUCAGGAUGACGCAAAAAAAUAUGCCAAAAAUGGUGAUAUGUUUUGUAAAAGCCCAGAAAUAUCAGCUAAAAGUCACACAGGAGAGCCAACUUCAUCUUUUCCAUCCGUAUCUCGAAUUAUGUUCAAUCGUUUGAAAAAGGCAAUCGAAUUAAAGGACGAUGAAUUAUUCUUGGAAAUGGCUUUGCAGAAUCCACGUUAUCUAAUCAAUAUCGGAAGUGAUACACCAACAAUCGUAGUUGAAGGUUUUCGUUAUAAUGCUAUGCAUCUUGCCGCUAAAGUUGGUAAUUUACACGUUGCCAAAUAUGUUCUUCAUCUUGUCUGCGAUAGUCAAGUGUUGCUUGCUUUAUACGGGACGUCGGAAGAUGAUGUUAAGAUGCGCUCACGUUUACUUCUUGACUGUUAUCUCAAUAUGCCUGAUAAGGGUUCACACGAUACACCAUUACAUUUUGCAUCUAAAUUUGGGCACUAUAAUCUGGUUGAACUGUUUUUAAGUUAUAGCAUAUGCCAAAAAAAUCCUACUAACAAGAUGGGUUUUACUCCUGCUCAAAUUUGUUGCACAAGAUAUGUUGGCUGUGAUAAGAAAAAUCUCUGUGCUGUAAUGAUAUCACUUUUCCUCUGUUUCUUUGUUGCACUUUAUCGUCCAACGGAUAAUUAUUAUUCAAUAAUUAUCCAACUUCUCGAUGAAACACCACCCAAUACACUUCCAGAUGAUGCACCUGGAUCUUUCGUAUGCAUGUCAGCUUUUGAAACAUACGAACUUGCGGCUUACGCUGGACCAUUCGCCGAUAAAGCUGUGGCACAGGAGUUUUGUGAAACAUGGAAAAUAGAAGAAAGAGAUUGUCGUAGGUUGUAUCCUCGGAAAGGUGCUGAACGUGUUGGACGUUGUCUUGCUAAUAAAUAUAAAAUAACUUGGAUGGAACGCUGGAGUUUUUGCAAUAAAUUGCUUGAUUUCCAAUCCUACUCAGGAUUGGAAGAAUUAAAUCGCCACCUUGUGAAUAUUAGAUUGCAUCCACCGGCUUGUUCAAUUCGCACUAUGAACUGUGAUUGCGAUAACGAUUCUGUGGUUUUUUCGGGUGUAUGUGAUACCGCGUUAAAUGAUCAAAGGAGUGAAAACGAUGACUGUAAAACCGAUGAUUUACAUAACACAUCGCUAGGUGGAAUAACAGAAAAGUUGGCAAAUCUUCAUUUGGAUUCAUCAUCAUCAUCAUCUGAAACACUUUUGAAUUCAGGCGACUAUAUAUCUAAAGACUAUGUUUCCUUCGCGGAAAACCUUAUAACCUCCGAAUCGCCCUUGACUUCAGAUUUGAAUAUUGUUAUUUCACCUGCUCAGCUUAAGCAGACUAACAGUAACAACGAACGAAAUGACUCUAUUGAUUUUGAUUAUUAUACACCACCAUCAUCGCCGGAGCCAAUUUAUAUUUAUGAAGGGAUUCCAUCGAAGGAUGAUGAGGAACUAGUAACUGCGCUUUCCCUGGUCGAUCCGCACCUGAUUGAGCGUUUUGGUGCGAUUUUUGAAUAUAUGCGACAUGUGCGCAACGUGCCGGAAGCGGAACGUUCUCAUUGGCCAUUCACCGAUUCACCACGUGCGAAAAGACGCAGAAUGUAG